AUGAUCGGAACUUGUUUCAGCCAACCCAACACACCAUCAAGCAGGAUGGGUUGCUCUCAAGUUCCCCAGAAUGUGGUAACUUGCAUAUACCAAACUCAACUCUGCAACUCGCCCACUUAUCUCACCCUCAGUUGGUCAAGAACACUUUUCUCUCACUCCUUAACCAUCCACGCCGCAGAUAUAUUUUCCAUCACCAUUUCUCUGAACCCAUCAACCUUCUCCUUCUUCAGAACACCACACUGCUCAAAAUCAAUCCUCCACCAUCACCAUUUCCAGAAAAUCAAGCUCCUCUGGAACUUGAACCAGGCAGAAUUCAUUCAAAACUCGGCGGAGCCAGAGUCAUGCUUCUACUUAGCAAUCUCUUACAAUGGCAAGCUCCAAUUCUUUCUUGGUGACCUUCUCCACGAUUUGACUCGGCGCCACACCAAGCUUGAUGAUGCCACCACCACCACCACAACCCACCAAAGUCAAGUUCUUCUGUCGAGGAGAGAACACGUGUUUGGAAGCAAGAGGAGUUACAUAUCACGGGCAGUGUUCAUGGGUUCCAAACACGAAAUAGAGAUUGAGUGCGAUGGAGGUGUGUUGAGAGUGAAAGUGGAUGGUCAAACUCGUUUGGUCGUGAAGAGGCUGGCAUGGAAAUUCAGAGGGUACGAGAAAAUCUUCAUCGAUGGCAUCCAAGUAGAGUUCUAUUGGGACGUGUUGAGUUGGGUGGUUAACAGCAACAACGAUAACAACGGUAAUAACGGCCACGGUGUUUUUGUUUUUCAAGUAGGAGACGGCACCGUAUGGCCAGAAAUGGUGGGAGUAGAGAAGAGGUUAAUGAGAAAGAGGUUGUCUUCGGAUUGUAGCGUGAUGCAAUGGGCAGAGGAGAGCAGUGACUGUGGGAGAACCUCUAGCUCUUCAUCAACAAGGUCUUGUGGGAGUAAUGCUGCAGGUGGCUUCUCUUUGUUGCUAUAUGCUUGGAGUCUUGGACUCUAA